AGAAGAGGGGGUUAUGAUCGGCUGCGCCGGGAAGGGGCGGUGCCGUGUGAGGCUGUGUUGCUAGGCAGGGUAAAAUGGCUGCGUUAGACAGGGUGAAGGUGCUGGUGCUGGGGGACUCAGGUGUUGGGAAGUCUUCACUUGUUCAUUUGUUGUGCCAAAACCAGGUGUUGGGAAACCCAUCUUGGACUGUGGGCUGCUCAGUGGAUGUCCGAAUUCACGACUACAAAGAGGGGACCCCAGAAGAGAAGACCUACUACAUCGAGUUGUGGGAUGUUGGCGGUUCAGUGGGCAGUGCUAGUAGCGUGAAAAGCACACGGGCAGUGUUUUACAACUCUGUGAAUGGCAUAAUAUUAGUGCAUGAUUUAACGAACAAGAAGUCCUCCCAAAACUUGUAUCGAUGGUCAUUGGAAGCACUUAACCGAGAUGUGGCUCCAACUGGAGUGCUGGUGACAAAUGGGGACUAUGACCGUGAACAGUUUGCGGAUAACCAGAUUCCGCUGCUGGUUAUCGGAACCAAAUUGGACCAGAUCCCAGAGACUAAGCGCAAUGAAGUUUUGACCAGAACAGCUUUCCUGGCUGAGGAUUUCAAUGCAGAAGAGAUUAAUCUGGACUGCACCAAUCCCCGCUAUCUGGCUGCAGGCUCAUCCAAUGCUGUCAAGCUCAGCAGGUUUUUUGAUAAGGUCAUAGAGAAGAGAUACUUGUUACGAGACGGUAAUCAGAUUCCUGGCUUUUCUGAUAGAAAAAGAUUUGGAGGUGGUGCACUGAAGAGCCUUCAUUAUGACUGAACACUGCUCAGUGUCCAGAGACUGAAUGGAAGAUGAGUUCUCUCCGUUUGCAGCAACAUUCCUGUCCCUGUUGGACUCUUAAAGGCAACGAUCAUCAUGCCAGGCAAAAUACAUUUUAUUAAUUGCUUUGGCCACCCAGGACUAUGGAAGCUACCAGUGCUGAUGAAGGCACAGGGAAGAAUCCCCAAAACCAGUUUUGGGGUUCAAACUCUCUCCUAGGUUUAGGAACCUUGUGGAAAUACUGGAUCUUUUUGAAUUGAGGCAAUAAAUUCAGUGUUUCCCAUGCUGCUGUGGGAAACAUCAUCAUGCACAGCAUGUAUGUGUAACUUUUGCCCCCCAUCUUGGAACAUUUAUGAACACUCUUCAAUGAAUUAUACUAAUUUUACCUCUAGCAGAAAGGGAAUACUAAACAGUUUUCUCAUUUACACUAACAUAAAGCAAAACAAGCAAGCAAACUAUAAGACUAUAUAAGAAAUAGGAUGGAAAACAGUAGAAAGCCAUCAUAUAAAUCAGUGGUACAGCCUCAGCUGGAACUCUCAGUUCUGCGUCACCCCAUCUCAAAAGGGCCAUAACAGAAAUAGAGGUUGUUCAGAGGUAGGUGCUGAAAAUGAUUAGACGCCUGAAAAACAAUUCCCCAUGAAGAGAGAGUGGUGUUUAUAUUGCUGUUUAGUUUGGUAUUUGUAGUUUGGUGAGUACAGAGAAAGUAGAUCAGAUACUCCAAGAAACUUAAAAUUCAUGAAGGGAAGGUAUGUUUUUACAAUGUGCAUGUGGGACUCAAUCUGACAAUCUAUGUUUGAAACCAUAAGCUUAGUGGAUAAGACCAAAAUAUAAAUCAUAAAAACAUCCACAGUUAGAAUAGAGUGGGUAGAAAAUUAUAAGAGAUAUAAACCCAUAUGCUUAAAUGUUGGACCUAACCAUGAAGUUCUGGGGGUUAGAAAGAAAAUUCUCUUAUGGGAAAGUAAUUCCUCUGAAGCAUCUGGUAUUGGCCAUUGCUGGAGAUAAGAUACUAGACAAAAUGAACCACUCGUCUGACCUCUUACAGCAAUUUCUGUACUCUUAAAUAUAAUGUUUUUUGUAUCGGGGAGAAAGAAAAAGUGUUUGAGGUAAUUAAAUGGGCAUCCCAAAGCUCUA